AUGUCUAUAAAAAUUUAUAGCAAAAACGAUAAAAACUUUGUAAAUGAAAAUAAAAGUGAUAUAGAUAACAUAUGUGAAGAUAAAUGUGAUGAAAAUAACAAUGUUAAAGAAAAUGAUGAAAAAAAUUCUUUAAUACAAGUCUUAUAUAGUUAUGAAGAUUUUCAAAAAAAAAACAUGAACUAUGGAAAAACUAACCCAUAUAAAAAAAAAGAAUCUCAGUUAAGUAAAGUAAGAAAAACUAUAGUAAAAUUAUUUUCUAGUGGUGAUAUAGGAAUUCAAGAGAAUAGCAAAAAAAAAAUAGAGAAUUUAAAAUUUUUAACUAGUAGAGCGGCUAUGUGGAAUGAAGUAGAAAAAAACGAAGAUCCUGAUUAUGACUUAAAAUUAGAAAGUUCAACAAAAAAGUCAUUAAUAGAUAUAAUUGUAAGCUAUACAAGUUUAUUAAUAAAUGAUACUUUAAAUGACAAAAAGGGUAUGACUUAUAUAGCCAGUUUUAUGAUUGUUUUAUCUAUAAUAAUAACAUGCAUUUCUGGUUUUAUCACUAUAUUCAACAAUACAGCAACAGAACAGGCAAACUGGAAGUUGAACACUACAAAAAAUAGCUAUGAUGAUUUGAAUAAAUUAAUGAAUUAUAUGAAAAUAGAAAAUGAAAAUAAUAAUAAUAAUUUAAAAUUCUACGAAUUAUUACAACAACUUAAUACUGUGAAUGAAAGUACGAAUUCGAAUUAUAUGAAUAAAAAAGAAAACAUUUCUUUAUAUGAAUUAAAUAUAAACCUAGAAAAUAAGCUAAAAGAAAUAGAAAAGAAAUUAAUAAUUAAUACAAAUGAAAUAGAUUAUUUUAAAGCCAAUUCAAAAAAAGAAAUAGAAAACUUUAAAAAAAAAUUACAAGAUAAUUAUCAAAUACUUAAUAGUAAAUUUAAAGAUUAUAUAAAGGUUAUUGAUACUAUUAAAAAAAAUAUUAAUAAAGAUGAUUUUAUAAAUGAUAUGGAAAAGAAACUAAGCAAAAAUAAAAUAGACAUAAAGAAUGAUAUUGAUAAAAAAGUAGAAUAUGAAAAAAGAGAAUUGUUAGAAACAAUAAAUGAUCUGCAAAAAAAAAUUGAUUGGAUAGAAACUAGGAUAUCUAAUAAGUUAAUACAAUAUGAAAAUAAUAAUUUUUCGGAAUCCUUGAGAGAUGAUAAUGAAGAAUUUGAAAAAGUUGAGAAGAAUAAAGAAAAAGGAAAUGAAAGUCAAACAAAAAAGGAAAAAAAAAUUUAUGCAUUUUGGAAUUCCAAAGGAAUAAAUGUAAAUGAUUUACAAAAAGAAUUAGAUAUAUUAAAAGAAAGUGCAAAAAAAUCUACAAUUUUUUUAGAUGAUGUAUUUCCUUCUUUUGAAAAGAAAAUAUCGAAAUAUAUAGAAAAUAAAAUUAAAUAUUAUUUAGAAAUAUACAAAAAAGAUAUUUUAAGUGAAAUUACUGAAUCAAAAGUAAUUUAUAAUGAAGAGAAAUAUAAAUCAAUGGAAAUAAAACAAGAGAAGAUAAAAUCCGAAUUAUUAAAAACAAUUAAUAAUCAAAUAAAGGUACAAACCAAAACAAUGAAGGAGGAUUUAAAUAAAUCUUUAGCUAGUAUUAUAGAAAAAAAGCAACUAACAAAAGUUAAUGAAUAUGUUCCAAGUAUUAAUCAAUUAGAAUAUAAUUCAUUGGAAGAUUUACAGAAAAAAGUAGAUGAGUUGUACAAUGAAUUCAUAUUAGAUUAUAAUGAAAUAGAUUGGGCAUUAGAAUCACUAGGAGCAAAAAUUGUUUAUAAAAUGACAAGUUCUCCUUUAAAUAAAAACGAUCUUAUAGAAAAAUUUUUAGAUCAAAUUUCUUCUUUUUUGCCAUCCGAAGAAAUAUAUGGAAUGAUUAAACCAAUGGGAAAGGAUCCCUCUAUUAUAUUAAAGCCAUCGAAUUUUCCAGGAGAAUGUUUUUCUUUUAAUGGACAUAAAGGUAAAAUAACUAUUCACUUACCAGCCACUAUUGAUGUAACUUCUGUUUCUAUUCAACAUGUUCAUGAAAAUAUAAGCAAUAACAUCAAUGCAACACCAAAAUAUUUUUCUGUGUACGGUGUUGUUGAUUCCAAUUGGCCUGAACAUUUUGAGUCACAUGAUAUUAAUUAUAAUGAUUUUAAAAACAGUUCUCUAUUUUCUUGUUUACAUUCUGUUUAUGGAAACAUAAACUCUAGAGAAAUUUUAGACAAGUGGAUAAAAAAUAAUAAAAAACCAAAUAUUAUACAUAUAGGGGAUUUUUAUUUUGAUAGAAAAAAGAGAAUAUCCAAUUAUCCUACUAAACACUGCCUCCCGAUGAAAAGAAUAGUUUUUGAAUUUACUGAAAAUUAUGGUGCUCCCUACACAUGUGUUUAUAGGUUAAAAGUUCAUGGUAAAAGAUGCAUAAGAAAAUUUAAAUAA